AGUUAUCAGCGGUGGAACUGAUAAAACGGUAGCCCGUUUGCAGGCAAACCAUUCUUGUCAGCAUUUAAUACCUUUGAAGAGCAUUUUAGUUUAUUCUAGCAAAUUCGCGAAUUUACACGUAUUUUUCGAACGAAAUAAUUAAUUUUUCUAACAAAGCUGUGCAAAAUGAAGAUUUCAGUGAAGUUUUCUAUUAGCCUGCUGCUGUUGUUGUGCUGUGGCCUUUACUAUGCAUACGCUAGCUUCGUCGCUGAAGCUGCAGCUAUCAAUGCCAUCGAUGGCGAUUGCAUUUGCGGUCGUCAGUAUUCACCAGUCUGUGCCUCCGAUUCGCAAACCUACAGCAACCGUUGUAUGUAUGAAUGUGCACGCACCAAGUUGAAGGCCAUGGGCCGCAGUUUGGAGCUGGUGCGUUCGGGUGUUUGUGCGGGCGAGACACGGGGUAGAAAGCAUGUGGCGGUUGCAGAGCCACUUGUAGACGCCGUUGCUGAUGAGGAUAAGGACUUGGACUCAUGCAUCUGCGAGCGCAGCUUAACACCGGUUUGCGGCACAGACAAUCGCACCUACAAGAACCGUUGUCUGUUCGAAUGCAAGCGCUCCAUAUUGGCGCGAGUGGGUAAAGUAUUGUCCAUCCUGCGCCAGGGAGUUUGCAAUUGAGUUGGAUUUUGUUGCUGAAUGUUGAAAAUGCUUUAAGCAGUUUACUAAAUAAAAUUCUAUAAAGAAAGCAAGUUUUGAUGUUGGAGUUUUUUGAAAUUUUUUCCUAAAGCAGAUUUAUAAUAUAAAAACAAUAAAGCAGUAUAUGGAACAAUGCACAA